AUGGGCGCGAGCUCGAGUCGCGCGCGCGAGGACACGCCGAGCUCGAGAAGCGCCGCGACCGGCGCGGACGCGGACGCGGACGCGAACCCCACCCCCCCCGUGCGAGGCGUCCUCCGCGCCGAGGCCCGCGGACCGUCGGCGUCGAAUCCUCGCGGCGAGCUCGGUCGCGCGCGUCCUCCGCCCGCGCCUCCGCGGACGCUCCCGCUGUCGCUCCCGGCGCCGAUGCCUACGCACGACGCCCCCGCUCGAUGGCCCGCGCCGCUCAUCAUCCCCCCCGCGAUCGCCGCGGACGCGAACGCUCCGGACGCUCUCGUCUGUCCCAUCACGCAGUGCCUCAUGACCGAGCCCGCGCUCGUCACGAGCAGCGGUCGGACGUACGACCGCGGCGCGAUCUCGCGGUGGAUCGCCGAGCACGGCACGGACCCGCUCGAUCGCGCGCAUCGGCUGACACUCGCGCAGCUCGCACCGAACCUCGCGGUGCGAGCGUUCGUGGAGGACUUCGUGCGCUCGAAGAACGGCGGCGUUCCCGUGGAGACCGCGCCCGUCGAGGCGUCGCCGCAAGCGCCCGCGCCCGCGCCCGCGCCCGCGCCCGCGCCCGAGGCGUCGCCGCCCGCUCCCGCGCCGCCGCCGUGGAACGACGGCAUCGCGAACCUGAACCUGAACAUGAACGACGACGACGACGACGACGACGACGUCCUCGGCGGGACGCUCGUCGUUCGAGCGCUCUACGCCGAGCCGGGGACGACGCCCGAAGGAAAAUAUUUCGCGUUUUCGACGUCGCGCGUCGAGAGACUCGUGAACGCGUGCCGCGGACCGGACGACGCGUGCGGUUGGGCUCUUUCCUCGCGAACGACGGGAGAUAACGACGACGACGACGCGACGACCGCGCCGGCGACGGCGCCGCCGCUUCCCUGGACCGUGAAAGACGGCCGCGGCGCGGUCGCGCGCGUCAGGCGCGUGUCCUCGUCGCGCCGGUUCCCAUACGACCCCGUCCGCGCGGCGCGCGCCAUUCCUUGA